AUGGCUGACAAAAACCCACUUCAAAAAUGCUUUCUUUUCACCAUCUUAUCCUUGAAUCUCAUGUUUCUUCAAGCAGAAACUGGUCUAAUCUCUCAGAAGAAGACGUACGUUGUCCAUAUGGAUAAAUCUGCCAUGCCUUCACCUUACACUAAUCACCUACAGUGGUACUCUUCAAAGAUAGACUCUGUAACGGAUCCCAAAUCUCAUAAAGAAGAAGAAGGCAACAGAAUACUCUACACUUACCAGACGGCGUUUCACGGAUUAGCUGUUCGGCUUAGCGAGGAGGAAGCAGAUAGGCUCGAGGAAGAAGAUGGUGUUGUGGCUGUGAUUCCUGAGACAAGGUACGAGCUUCACACGACAAGAAGUCCCACGUUCCUCGGGUUAGAGAGACAAGAGAGUGAGAGAGUCUGGGCGGAGAGAGUCACCGACCAUGAUGUGGUAGUUGGUGUUUUAGACACUGGGAUUUGGCCUGAGAGUGAGAGCUUCAACGACACAGGCAUGUCCCCUGUUCCAUCUACUUGGAGAGGAGCCUGUGAAACCGGGAAAGGGUUCUUUAAACGUAACUGCAAUAGAAAAAUCGUUGGUGCUAGAGUCUUCUACAGAGGCUAUGAAGCUGCGACGGGGAAGGUCGAUGAAGAGAUCGAAUACAGAUCACCAAGAGACAAAGACGGUCACGGGACACACACUGCAGCCACAGUAGCUGGCUCACCGGUUAGAGGAGCAAAUCUCUUUGGAUUCGCUUACGGUACAGCUCGAGGGAUGGCUCCAAGGGCAAGAGUCGCUGCUUACAAAGUCUGUUGGGUCGGUGGGUGUUUCAGCUCAGACAUUCUUUCAGCCGUUGAUCAAGCUGUUGCUGAUGGAGUCCAAGUCCUCUCUAUCUCUCUCGGUGGUGGGAUCUCAACUUAUUCCCGGGACAGUUUAGCUAUAGCGACGUUUGGAGCAAUGGAGAUGGGAGUUUUCGUCUCUUGCUCAGCCGGUAACGGAGGUCCUGAUCCCAUCAGCCUCACGAAUGUCUCUCCAUGGAUCACAACAGUCGGUGCAAGUACAAUGGACAGAGACUUCCCAGCUACAGUGAAGCUUGGAACGAUGAGAACAUUCAAAGGAGUUUCGCUUUACAAAGGCAGAACGGUUCUGUCUCUGAACAAACAGUAUCCUCUGGUUUACUUAGGAAGGAACGCGAGCAGCCCUGAUCCGACAUCCUUCUGUCUAGACGGAGCUCUCGACGGACGCAACGUGGCGGGCAAGAUCGUGAUAUGCGACCGUGGUGUCACUCCACGUGUGCAAAAGGGUCAGGUCGUGAAAAGAGCCGGAGGAAUCGGGAUGAUUCUGACCAACACCGCAACGAACGGAGAAGAGCUAGUCGCAGACUCUCAUUUGCUUCCAGCUGUUGCAGUGGGAGAGAGAGAAGGCAAACUGAUCAAAGAGUACGCGAUGACGAGCAAGAAACCCACAGCGACACUACAGGUUCUUGGAACAAGAAUCGGGAUCAAACCGUCUCCUGUCGUAGCAGCAUUCUCUUCAAGAGGACCGAACUUUCUCUCGCUAGAGAUCUUGAAACCUGACUUGCUAGCUCCUGGAGUUAACAUUCUCGCAGCUUGGUCAGGAGACAUGGCUCCAUCGAGCUUAUCAUCUGACAAAAGAAGAGUUAAGUUCAACAUACUCUCAGGAACAUCAAUGUCGUGUCCUCACGUGAGCGGCGUGGCGGCUCUGAUCAGGUCGAGGCAUCCGGAUUGGAGCCCCGCAGCGAUCAAAUCAGCUCUCAUGACAACAGCUUACGUCCACGACAACACGCUCAAGCCACUCUCGGAUGCGUCAGGAGCAUCUCCUUCGUCGCCUUAUGACCACGGUGCAGGACACAUAGAUCCUUCGAAAGCUAUAGACCCUGGUCUUGUCUACGACAUUGGACCUCAAGACUAUUUCGAUUUCCUCUGCACUCAAGAACUAAGCCCUUCACAGCUAAAGGUCUUCACAAAGCAUUCAAACAGAUCCUGCAGACACAGUCUUGCUAAUAACAAUCCGGGGAACUUGAAUUACCCGGCGAUCUCAGCUUUGUUCCCGGAGAACACACGUGUUAAAGCUAUGACACUAAGAAGAACAGUGACUAAUGUUGGUCCUCAUGUUGCAAGCUACAAGGUCUCUGUCUCUCCUUUCAAAGGCGCUUCGGUUAUUGUUCAGCCUAGUACACUGAACUUCACUAGGAAACACCAGAAGCUUUCGUACACGGUGACUUUCAGGACGAAGCUGAGGAUGAAGCGGCCUGAGUUUGGUGGUCUUUUGUGGAAGAGCUCUACGCAUAAAGUUCGUAGCCCGGUUAUAAUCACAUGGUUGCCUCCUCUGUAG